GUAUAAACUGUUAUGAUGCAAUUCGAAAAGAAUCUUUCAUACUUCGUGCUGUAGUAGUCAAUUGGUCAGGUGACACUCCAGGGUUAACAAAAUUAAUGUGCUUAACUGGACAUAAUAGCUAUCGAGGAUGCCAAUAUUGUAACUUAAAAGGCAUUCAUACAAAUUAUAUUUAUUAUCCUACAACACCACUUAUGAAUAUUAAUACUAUAAGAUAUUAUGUAUCCAAUCUCCCAAGUCGAACACAUGAGGAAUGGAAGAAAAGGCUCAAGAAAAUCU